GAAUAAUUAUUAAUUACAUGCUAUCUCCUAAUGUAAAGGCUCUUUUUGAGAGGGUUAAGGCCCGUGUGAACUGUAAAAAUGUAAAAUUUAGCAAACCGCCUUUAACACCUGAAACAAGCGUUCACACUCCUAGCAAGUAUUCAGUGGGAGGACUCAGGGAACAUGGAGAAUGGCUUUCAACAUUUUCAGAGGUAAAAAGGACUUUUGAAAGGGAAAAUUUGGAUAUUAACUUGUUUUUUGCAACUAAAACCGGUGAAUCCUUUCUCAAGAGUCUCUCAGACCGAGUUUAUUCACUCAAACCAAAUGAUAUUUUCGAGAUUCUCCUUUCAUUACAUAUAUUUAAGGCUAAUUUGAUGAAUUUUGAGGCUAUUCUUUUGAGUGAAUUAAAGGAUUCUCUGGAUGAACUCAGUACUCUCCAGUUAUUGGAGCUCCCAACUCUAAUUACACACAUGGAUGAAGAUUUUUCUCAAAAACUUGAACAGGCGAUAAAGAAGAGGGUGGAAUCUGACGAUGAAUUUAAGGAAUCUCAAGUGUAUAAAAGAAUGUUGAAUAAAUUACAGGGCAGAUUUAAAGCAAUCUUGUCUCAAAGUCACUCGUAGUAAAAUUCAUCAUCCUAAAAUUAAGGAUUGAACUUUGUAAAAUAGUUGAACCAACCUCGUCGGUGUCGCUAAGUUCACCGUAUAGCAUGUCGAGCUCGUCCUGGUAGUUCUUACUAGUUCCAACGUCUAUUAAUAUUUUGAAUCAUUAGUA